GCCGAGGACGCGGUUGGCAGUUGGAAGCCGGCAGCCGCGCAGCGAGGAAGAGAAUGAGCCGUGAGGGGAGAAUGAGCCGAAGCCAGCAGCUGGGGGACAGGAUCGCGGGAGAGAAGGGGCCGCGUAGGAAGCUUCGAAUGAAAAAUCGCAUCCUAAUACACCAUCACACUUGAAAACUGUCAGUGUUGGCUGUACCUGAACCAUGAUGGCAGAAUCACUGCCCUUCUCUAUGAGCACCCCAGUGUCCCCGUGGGAGCUGGAGGCCUGGUAUGAGGACUUGCAGGAGGUGCUCUCCUUGGAUGUAACCAGCAGGACAGACCCCCCUGUGGGGGGACAGGAGCAGAAGGAGUUUGAUGGUGUUGAUAGUACGGCUCUGCUGUGGAACCUGGAUGCUUCCAAUCCCUUGGAGCCCAGUGGAAGUGAAGCAGUUGGAAACUGUGAGCUGGACCCUGAUCUCGCAGCUCAACUCCUGGACCUGCUAGAUGAGGAGCCUGUGGGACCUGCCGAGUCAGACUCCAGCCAGAGUUCCCCAGUGCAGACUGGGACAGAUGAUGAUGAGGGGGUGUCUACUAGCCGGAAGAGGAAGCACGGUGGACAGCCCCACGGAGGCAAGAGGCAGCGGGGCAGAGAGCGGGAGCAGGAGAAUGAGCGCAGAGUGGCCGAGCUGAUGGCCCACAAUGAGCAUCUCCAGAAAGAAAUAGAGCGCUUGACUGCAGAGGUGGAAGCAACAAGAGCAGCACUUAUCCAGCGUAUGGUGAGCCUAAAGACUUAAUGGAUCUGGAGAACUUCCUUCCUGUACUGAUGACUCACUUGCCAUGGACCAAACAGAGCAAUACUUCACUGCUCCCAGCGUUAGCACCUAUGACUUUAAACAACAUGCUAAAAAAGAAAGUGUCAAGCACUUUUCUAUACAACAGAGUAAAACAUUACCCUCACCUGGUAGGCUGGGGCUGUUCCAUAGACUAACUCUGCAACAUUACCUUAUGGGGGACUCAAAUUGCUUAUUUCUACUCUGGUUUAGUGAGCCUGCCUUGCUGAACUGAAAUAUAAAAGGUGAUCAUGCAACUAGACUGUGACAGGCUAUAUAUUCCAGAGAAAAGCCAUCUUGGAUGAAACUGCCUCUGCCAACCAGGCUUGUUCUUGACAUAACCACCACCACUUCACUUGUGUGAGAAAAAGCAUGUAUGUAUGAGUCCAAUAACAGCGUUUGCAUUUAUAGGUACAGUAUAUAUUUAACCAAUAAAAUAUUUAUUUCUCACCAUAUAAUCAAAA